AUGGCACCAACAUCAAACUCUGAGAAAGGCAGCGAGCGUCUUCCGAUUUCCACAUCCGAACAAAAGCCUGAGCAACAUCCACCGAAAUCCACUGCACUGGAGGAAGAUGACGAGUUUGAAGACUUCCCUGUUGACGACUGGAGCGUUGAAGAAACAGAAGCAGCAAGUGAAGGAGCUACGAAGCAUCUCUGGGAUGAGUCAUGGGACGAUGAUGAUACUAGUGACGAUUUUUCGGCACAACUAAAAGAGGAACUCAAAAAGGUGGACGCAUCGAAGAGAAGAUAA